AUGGGUUCACCGAUAACGUGCCACGUGCUCGAUGCCUCGCUGGGUAGACCGGCGAGCGGCAUCACUGCCAUCCUCUCGCGACUCUCGCACGACGGCCAGUCGGCUACCGUCAUCUCGACCGGCGAGACCAACCACGACGGUCGUAUUCCCGCACUCGUCCCCGAUUCGGCCAAGGAGGCGCUCCAGUGGUCCCAGGGCGGUACGUUUAGGAUCACAUUCAGGACAAAGGAGUACUUUGACCGCACGGGUCGUCAGAGCUUUUACCCUUUCGUCGAUGUCAACUUCACCAUCCCCGCCAACCCGGAAGGCCACUACCACGUCCCCCUCCUCCUCUCGCCCUUCAGCUACACCACCUACCGCGGCUCUUAG